UCGCUUACGCCUUUCCACUCAUCAAUCGAGCAACAAAAACUCACGAUCGAUGCGUCAUUUUUUCGACAUUUUUAUUUUGAUUGGCAGUGACCGUUUUCCAAAUCCAUUGCAAACGACAACUAGUGGAGUUGAUUUUCCACUCUCUCCCAUUCAUUUUCGUUUUGUUCAUUCCGUCAGUCGGAGCGGAAGGAAUAGUUUCUGUGACCCGUGGCUACGCGUAAGAAAAGUGCUACCGUCGCGAAAUAGUGUCAAACGUCCGAGGGGAGAAAAUGCCAUAGAAACUGUAGCAACAUUUGUACACAGAAUCGGAUCUGUUAUUGUAGGAAUUUUGUUGAAAGUUACUGCUGGAGAUCAGGUACGUUUGGCUUCGGAAAAUGAGUUUCCCGGAUCAAGUGUAAAAAAGUGCAUUCGUUUGUGAAAGUAGAAACCGCUACCUGGCUGUGGUCCAGUGUUCCGAUCGAAACGGUAAUAAUUGUUGGCGGAGGAGUUUGUUCGGUGUUACUCCUGGAAGAUCGAACCUACUUUGGACAGCUAUGAGUGAUUAUUGUGUAUUUUCCAUUCGCUGAUGGAGGCACGAAAAUCAUACAGCUAGCGAACAAGCUGUCGGUCGGUCGGUAAUAAAAUCCGCAAUUGGCAAUUUUGUUUCUUUUUCCGUUUUUCGAGAAUACGUGCAUACACAACAGAAAGCAGCUUGACGGCCACCGAAACCGAAAAAAAGUGAGAUCGAAUGUCAAGCGGCAUCGGCGCAUAGCAGAAGUGCAAGUGUGUGCAAAAUUAAUGCCGAUUCUACGGAAAGUUUGCAGUUCUAUGUGCAGCACGAAGAGCGACCGCGAAGGCGAUCAUCGCACAUCGAGUGCCUAGCGAAAUUGGUGUCGUGGCGACGACCACUGUUCUAUGUGGGAUCAGUGUUUUGAGUACUGGAGCCGGAAGUAGUGGCAGCAGCAGAUCAAGAUGCCGUUCAAGCUGAAGCUGAAAAAAUCCCGACACUACAAUGUCAUGUCCAAGAGCUUGUUCGUGAUUUCCGUUGAUCAUCUAGAUUCCUCUACGAAGAUAGACUGUACGCUGAGUUCGGAGAGUACCGGUCAGGAGUGUCUGGAGAAUGUGUGUCAACGGAUAUCGAUUCAGCAGCCGGAGUUCUUUGGACUUCGGUACGAGGUCAAAGGUAGUACCACUGGCGAGAUGCGUUGGGUCGACUUGGAUCGACCGAUCAGUCGACAAUUGGAGAAGUUCUCUGCCAAUAUGAAGGUGCUGUACCUACGGGUCAUGUAUUACGUGUUAUCCGGGGUGAGUUUGAUCCACGAUGAGGGCACUAGGAAUUAUUACUUUCUUCAGCUGAAGCACGAUGUGGUGGAAGGUCGAAUCAACUGUGAUCCGAAGCAAGCAGUUAUACUCGCUAACUACAGCCGACAGGCAGAAUAUGGAAAUCACCAGGAUCGACAUACGGUGGAUUACCUGAAAACUCUGCUAUCAUUCCCGAGGGAGAUGAUCCAGGCGGAUUUGCUAGAAACUUUAACCGAGGAGGUGAUUCAUCAAGCGUUUGAAUUACACAACGUGACCCAGGGAGCGGCGGAGAGCUUGUACAUUUCCGCCUGUCAACAGUUGGAUGGUUAUGGACAAGAAACGUUCGGUGCCAAAGACGAUAACGGGGCUGACGUUACCCUGGGAAUCUCGGUUUCUGGCAUCAUCGUGGCAAGCGAUGCGAAUAAAUUCUAUCCCUGGCGUGAUAUUAAAAAUGUGCUAAAUCAUAAAAAGUAUUUUAAUAUUGAGUGUUCGGACGCGAACGAAAACGUUAGGUUCACGGUUUGCGAUUCGACGACCGGAUCCUACAUCUGGAGGUUGUGUGCAUUGCAGCAUCGGUUUUUUGCGAGGUACGAAAAGAACCAGACGCAGGUGAGUCAGUUGAAUCUGAAUUUAUUUCAGAAUGAAAACAUCAACGACAGUCGGGACGAUCUGCUAAGUGAGAGUCAAUAUCAAAUUUCGUCGGCUGCGAUGGGACACUUGAUGGGCUCAGCAAACUGGCAGAGCAAUAACGAGCUGGCAGCUCAUUCUAGUAUCUGGAAUAAUACUGGACAAUCAGCAGGAAUGAUGGUAGAGUCUCAACCCUCACCCCUCGCUGCAUCGAGCACGAAUAUCGGUAGUGUAGGUAAUUUGAACAACAAUAAUCUUAUGAAUGUCAAUGCCAACGUCAUGCAGUCACGAUCGUCACUGCAGACCUCCGCUUUAGAUAUCAAUCUAAACUCGACCUCUUCGGUGCCAUUGGAAUAUUCGAAUCACGGUUCAAACUGGGCCAUUAAUCCAGCUGGUUCGAACGCUUCUCUUGUCAACCGUGCGCAGAGUUCAUCGUGUCUGGACCUGAGCAAUAAUAACAACAGUCAAGACCGGGAACGUCUGAAAGCACUACUGCCAACAUAUCGGCCAGCUCCGGAUUACGAAACUGCCAUACAACAAAAGUAUAGAAACAGCUCCAACGAUGUCCGCUUGAGUAAUGGUAAUCUAUUACAUUUGUCUGCAUCUCAAAUGUUGUCCCAAGAUCCAGGACAUAUAACCGGCAGUCAGCCAGACGUGUCGUACUAUAAUCAAUCGAUGCAGCAUCAACCCACUGUUCAUCAGCAGCCUUACCCGGAUGUGACUCAUCACACCACUACGCAUAUGAUCGGCCCGCACUACUCGGAUGCAUCCGAUUAUGGUCUAACACAUAGAUUCAAAAUGAUGAGAUUAGUCAAACCACCGCCACCCUAUCCUGCGAACCGACUCAGUUCGACAUCUACUCCGGACUUAGCUUCGCAUCGUGCCCUACUCGGUUUUCGGGGCGCUCAUGUGUCCGGAUCUAGUCCCGAUUUGGUUUCAACCCGUCCACCAGUGAACCACCACCACGCUCAAUUCAUGCAUAUGUCUCAGAAUAACCAAAUCUUUUAUCCCGGUGCGCAUCAACUACGGCACUCGCAGAAUAUAGUCCCCCAUGGAACCUACGAGAAUCUAAACUUUGUCGAACCCAACAAGGCAGGUAUGCUACCUGCAACUCAGGGUGGUAAUCUGAUCUAUUACGUGCCUCGAGAAGUGGAACACCUUCUGAUAACCGAAGGAACACAAUACCAUAAUGGAGCGAUCGGCAUUGGACCGAAACCUCAUCUCAAUCGCUCUUCCCAGCAUAUCAACGGAUCUAUCGAACCUAUUUACGAAAACGUUCCACUACCUUGGAAAAACGAAAACGAAUCCCUCGGUGAAAUACGCAACCGAACGUCUAGUGUCCAAUCAGCUCCUGGAAAAAGUCGACACAACCAGGAGUCACAGCAGGCAGUCGCACAACAACCGCCAACAUUUUCCGUCCCAGAAAAACUCCCACCCGUCCCACAUCCACAACCUACCCCAGAGGUGACCAAUCACGUGCUUGUUGCACAUCACGAAUCAUUCACGGUUCCACCGAGUCCAACUCAUCCGCAACACCAGAUUACUCUACCUCCUCCUAUAGCAACUAUCCCGGAACCUAUCAACCGAUCACACUCAACCAACAUGCUCGACUCAUCCACCUUUUCUAACUACACACUGGACACGACCAGCUCUGUGGCGCCUAGUUCCGCAAGCAAUCAGAACCACCACCACCACCACCAUAUAUCGCACGGAAGCACCCACAACGAUUCCGGCAUCAGCUCAAUUACCGCCUCAUCGCACGUUGGAAGCCAUAAUAUUAGCACAUCAACGUCGACCUCAACCGCGUCGGUCAAGGAAACGAAGCGAAGAAAGAUCUGGGAUAUUUUGGGUGGUCGAUCGCGGAAUUCGGCCGACAAACAGAAGAGUGCCACACUGGGAAGGGAAAAGGAUCGAAAAAACAAAACGGCCGCAACCGGUGGAUCCGGCAGUGGCGGUAGUGCCAACAGCUCCAUCAACGAUGCUGGCCAAUUGAAGCAUCGCUGGUCGACGGGAAUGCCGCGGCAACAACCACUGCCCGCCAACAUUAGCAAGGAGAAGCUGUGCUCGCUGCUGGAAACAAAACUGGCCGAUCCACAGCUGUACUGCGAAUUCGAACGGAUACCGAAGCGAGUGGAUAAUGCCAAAUACGACUGCGCCCUGGCGGAGGAAAAUAAGAAUAAAAAUUUCGAUCCCAACUUUCUGCCAUACGACAACAAUCGGGUUCGAUUGACACCGACGCGGGAUAAUCGGAUGGGAUAUGUGAAUGCGUCGCAUAUUACGAGCACUGUUGGCAACAAGCAACGGUUCUACAUCGUAGCGGAGAGUCCGAACGAUGCUUACACAACCAAUGUUUUCUGGCAGUGUGUUUGGGAGGCGGAUGUGUACCUGCUGGUUCAACUAUCCAACGAGCUAAGCUAUAUUCCGCAGACAAGUGAACGCUGUUUAGAGUACGGCCAGUAUCAAGUCUGGCGCGAGUUCUCCCAGGAAACGGAUAGAUGUACAACAUCAAAGCUGCGAGUGUAUCACACACAAUCUAGACGGUACAGAUCGGUUUGGCACAUUUCCUACAGCGAAUGGGGUGAUCAAAACUGCCCUCGCGAUGUUGGUCAUUUCUUAGGAUUCUUAGAGGAACUGAACUCCGUACGGUUAGCAUCGGUAGCGGAGGUACCUCCCUCACACAAUACCAACCCACCGGUUUUGAUUCAUUGUAACGAAGGCGGUGGUCGAACAGGAGUUACUUUGGUUGCCGAUUUGCUCAUGUACACGCUGGAUCAUAAUCAGGACUUAGAUAUUCCUCGCCUAAUAGGACAGAUCCGGCAACAGCGGGACAACAUUAUACCAUCACUAGCACAAUACAAAUUUAUUCAUGCGUUGCUCAUCCACUAUUCAAGGCAGACGCGGCUCAUUUAAUCCACCAAGGGAACGUGGCAAAUCCUAAUAAUUUUGAUUGGAAAAAGAGUUUUUAUCGCGUUUUGUCAAAACUUACAAAAGUAUUCAACAGUACAGCAAAGAAAAGUAUUUUCGUAGCUAAUAUUGAUUUUUAAAUUGUAAAGUUUCGAGUCGAACUAUGUACAUGUAGGAUAGCCAAUAGGAGAAAAGUUUAGGAUAUAUGUUUGUAUUUAAAUAAUCGUGAGUGCCUUAUGAGGACAAUUGCUCUUCAAUGGAACAGGAUUAGAAAAGUAGUAGUAACACAGCAAAGGCUGAAUGUUUGUAUAUAAACGUUGAAUAUAGAUAAUGCCAUUUUUAAAACAUUGUACCAUUUUUAUGCUGUUUAAUUUAUCAAGUGGCAAACGUGUGGCUAGGUAAGAGGUGUUAAAUUUUGAACAAACGAGUAUUUUAUUGUAUUUUACUAUCUAACAAAUUUUAGAUAACGUGUUUAUCCCGUUCCCAGGAGAAGUUAGAGUAAGAUAAAGAUGGCUCAAUUUAUAAGCGAAACUCACGUCCAAUAAAGCUUCCCAGUUUAAAUGGUUCAUAGAAA